AUGCCUCGAAGAGAGUACAAGAUAGUGGUCCUCGGAUCAGGAGGAGUCGGUAAAAGUGCUCUAACCGUCCAAUACUGCUGCGGAACCUUCGUAGAGAAAUACGAUCCUACCAUCGAGGAUUUCUACAGAAAAGACACCGAAAUAGACAACACUCCCAUAUGUCUUGAAAUACUGGAUACAGCGGGAACGGAGCAGUUUGUCAGUAUGAGAGACCUCUACAUUCAGAACGGACAGGGUUUCCUUAUUGUAUACUCCAUCGCUAACUAUCAUUCUCUGCGUGACGCGUCAACGUUAAAGGACACUAUACUGAACAUCAAGCAUGUGGACGAAGUUCCGAUAGUUUUGGCGGGAAACAAGAAAGAUCUGGAAGACCAGCGUGAAGCAAGUUUCCAAGAAGGCAAGGAGUUGUCAAAGCAGUGGGGGUGCCCGUUUUUUGAGACAUCAGCUAAACAAGAGAUCGGUAUUCAGGACAUCUUCACCGCUCUAGUGAGGGAGAUGGAGAGGAUCCCAAUCCAGAGCUAUGGUAGGCACAGGCGCAGGGGCAAGAAAUCAAAGUGUACCAUCCUGUGAGGGACAUUUUGUAAUGUUUUUAAAAGAUACACGAGUGUGGGACAUCGUGCCCCUGUCUGUAGUAACUGUUAGUCUGGUGUCUGGUGAUAACGUCACGUGUUGUGAUGACAUCACGUGUUGUGAUGACGUCACGUGUAGUGUCACGUGAUUUGCAGGCAUCUGUGCAUGGAACCAAAACGCUUAUAAUGUCCUAAAAUCAUCCUCAUCCUCAUAAUAUUGUGUUGCAAGAUUUAAUAGGUUUGAUGAAUUCUCCUUGUUGUGUAAUCAUUGCAUUGUGCCUCACUGUUAGACUAACUACUAGAUAAACUGUGUACACGUGAUGACGUCACGUGAUGACGACACGUGAUGACGACACGUGACACAGCUCACGUGAGACAAAAACUGAAAAAACUUUGACGGGACUGAAAACUUAUCAAAUCACCGGCAUGUUGUUAUCAUAUUGUUAUGAUGGUAAAAAUACCAUUUCUCGAGGGUGUCAAAAAGCGAAUUUUCCAGAUUUAUCGAAUGAACCUACUGUAUAAAUGGAAAAUGAAUUAUUUCAUCACGUCGUGAUCUGAAAUAUUAAAGACUUUGUAUUUUUUGUUUUUCAUCUUAAAAGAGAGAGAGAGAGAACUGUUUGAUAUAAUUAAAUAAGUCAGUGUGGUUUACUCACUGGGCUUUGUGAUCUUCUUCAUCAUGGUCCGAAGUACAAAUCAUUUGCACCUUCAACAAUUUUUUAUUGAUCGACAACGACACGACCGAAAAGAGGUACAUUUUAUAUGCGUUUUAAUUUGAUGAUAAAAACCGAAUUGGACGAUUUUUGUUGUAAAUUUAAGCUUUGUUAUUUUUACGAAGGUAUGUAGGCAAACUCUACAAUUUGUAGUUAAUGUUUGCUGUGGUUAUAAUAAUAAUGAAUCCUUUAAAUAAUUGUUUUCAACAGUGCUCCGCUUUUUAAAAUUCGAGAUUCAAUAAAUCUUUGUUAUGUCGGGCUUAAAAACUUGGAUGGCAUAAAACUUAUAAUUUAAAAUUCUUAUUAUAGUGUAGCGCGGGUUAUAUUAGAAUGUUACGAAAAUAUAUUGAAUCUUAUAAUUUCUACUGUGCUUUCUACAGAAAUUUGUUAAGAUAUUUGGUAUACUAUAAAUUAGAUUAAAUUCCUACCAUAGAUGCUAGGAAGUUUCAGGAUAACAAAUAGUUGGCUCACUUGAUCUUGAUUUCGAGUAGUUUCGAGUUAUUUCGAGUAGCUAACAAAAGUCCUGUAUAAUUAGUCAAAUUAGUAAACGUGUCGUACAAAUAUGAUUAUUUUCAAGGGUUAGCUCUAGCAGCGAUACAAAGCCUAGUAACCAUAGUAACACACGUGGUAUAUUAUACUAACAAGUCAAUGUUAUUUCGUUUACUUUCAAUUUGUAUGGUAGUCUAUCGUAGAAUUAAAUUUGUGCAUCCUGUAUUGAUGAUGGUUUUCCAGUUUCUUUUUAGACAAGUGUAUGGUAGAGCCGUUUGGUGCGUUAAAAUGAGUUUUUAAAGCAAGCGAUAAGGAAAGAAUGAUAAUGGUUUGGUUGUCGACUGAUGAUGUGAUGUAUCAUUAUACAUUUCUGUUACAUUAUAUUAACUAUUAUCUUUCUGCAAACUUGUGUAAAUAUUGAUUAUUAAGUUUUGACAUAAA